UAGCAUUGUUAUGGAUACCCUACAGUUACUCAUACAUUCCAUCAUCUAUCCAACUAAGCUAUCUUCUCUUUGAUAGCCACUUAGAUAAUCAGAAAUGGCAACGAGCAUUAGCUUUCUUGUUAUGAUAAUGAUGACAGCGUCAAUGGUGGUCGACGCAAGGCAUUUGCUAGCUAACACUGGUGGUCUCGGGGAUACCACUGGUGGCUUGCUCGGGAAUACCAACCCAGGUGGCUUGCUCGGUGACAAGAACACUGGCGGAGCAAACUUGCUCGGGAACAGCAACACAGGUGGUAUAAAUGUACUUGGAGGCAGCAAUACAAAAGGUGUAAAUCUAUUGGGGAACAGCAAUACUGGUGGUGCAAAUCUACUUGGAGAUAGCAACACGGGCUCCUUAGCUGCGCUUGGUAACAGCAACACGGGUGGUGUAAAUGGGCUUGUGGACAGUAAAAUAGGUGGCUUACCUGUACCUGAAGUGCCUGUGGUGGGUGGCGCAUUGCCUACUUUGCCCAACCUACCUGUUGGAGGUGGCACACCUUUGCCUAAUGUAGGUGCAUUGCCAAAUUUGCCCAACCUACCUGUUGGAGGUGUCACACCAUUGCCUACUUUGCCCAACCUACCUGUGGUGGGUGGCGCAUUGCCCACUUUGCCCAAUAUGCCCAACCUACCUGUUGGAGGUGGCACACCUUUGCCUAAUGUAGGUGCAUUGCCAAAUUUGCCCAAUGUGCCUAAUGUAGGUGCAUUGCCAAAUUUGCCCAGUGUCCCUAAUGUAGGUGCAUUGCCGGUAGGUGGCACAACUUUACCCGUGGUAGGUGGCAUAGUUGGGCCCCACCCAUAAGAUGUGUUUGAACGCGAGUAGCAUGUGCGUAGGUAGGUGCAUUACGUUCUCUUGCCGCUUCUCAGUGGAGCUGGAAAUAAGAGAGAGGCAAAAGUAAGAAAGAAACGGUUCUUAACAGAGCACAAUUCCUUAUUAACAACCUAUGACGUGCGUGUUACAUGUAAUUAUGUUAUACUAUGGUUUGAUGAUCACUGUUCUUUAUAUUCCUUCAGUUAAUUUGUAGCAGUAUCUUGGUAAAAGACUGCACUGAACAAUGUCUUAAUUUGGAGUUCUUACAUUUUCCGUUGUAAUAUUAUUAUGAAUUUCCUUUCUCCUUUUAGCA